AUGAAGUAUUACAAUACCCUUCUUGGAAAGAGCUUUAAUCAGAAUGAUCAGAAAAGACUUGGUUUUGGGGCUUUUGCUUGUUGUUUGGUCAUUGCUUUAACAUUGUGCACUGUGUUUAAGCCAUUUGUUGCCUCCAUAUUUUCUUUGAAUAUUCAGUUGGUAGCGCAAAAUGGGCGCAAUGUGAUAAAAUCCGAGGAGUUUAAUAUUUCGUAUGUAAUGGGUGCCAAUAUUGUAUCUGAAGUAAAACAUGAAGCUACACCUGUUGUCAAUCUUCUUAAACCGAAUUCAUCCGAACAAAGGAAACCAAUAUUCCUUAAUCUCCCCAAAUCAUCGGGGACAAAACCGACCCUCCAUAACGACACUAGUGCAGUACUAGAAGAAGCAAAGGCUAAGAUUAAAAAUGUUGGUAGGCCAAUUAUUUGCAAUUUUUCUGAGCCAAGGUCAGAUAUAUGCGAGAUGAAUGGGAAUGUUCGAGUCCAUGGCAGCUUAUCGACAAUAUUUUUCCCUUCACCCGACAAUAUUUCAGAUACAUGGAGCAUAAGGCCCUAUGCAAGGAAAGACGACGCGAUUGCAAUGAAAAAUGUCACAAGAAUAACCAUCAAAACAACCUUAAAGUCUCCCAAAGGCAAUAAUUUGCCAAUUUGCACACACAAUCACAGCAUACCGGCUGUUAUCUUCUCCACGAGCGGCUACAUUGGAAACCAUUUUCACGAUUUCACAGACGUGAUCAUUCCCUUGUUCCUCACAUCACGAGAAUUCAACGGAGAAGUACAAUUUAUGGUCACAAACAAGGAUGCAUGGUGGCUAAACAAGUACAUUGAAGUACUCAAAAGCCUCUCUAAAUAUGAAAUUAUUGAUCUUGACAAAGAAGACAAAGUCCAUUGCUUUCCUAAAGUAAUUGUGGGAUUAAGGCAUCACAAGGAAUUUGGUAUUGAUCCUUUGAAAUCCCAAUUCUCCAUUGGUGAAUUUCGGAAUCUUCUUAGAAACUCAUAUUCCCUCAAAAAGGAAACCGCCAUAAAAUUGGGUGGGAAACUGAAGAGGAAGCCUCGACUUCUAAUGAUCACAAGGAAAAAGACAAGAUCAUUUAUGAACGAAAUGGAGAUAGUUAAGAUGGCACAAAGUUUAGGAUUCGAAGUUAUCCUGGCAGAAGCUAACGCAAAUCUAAAGCAAUUUGCUCAAUUGGUUAAUUCUUGUGAUGUGAUGAUGGGAGUGCAUGGUGCUGGUCUAACUAACAUUGUUUUCCUUCCUGAAAACGCGAUCUUGGUCCAAAUAGUUCCAUUGGGGAAGAUGGAUUGGUUGGCGAAAACAGACUUUGGGAUACCCUCAAUGGAGAUGAACUUAAGGUACCUUGAGUAUCAAAUUGUGGAGCAUGAGAGUUCAUUGAUUAAGCAAUAUCCUAUUGAUCAUCCUGUUAUCAAGGACCCAUAUUCAGUGACCAAGAAGGGUUGGUUUGCUUAUAGAUCUGUGUAUAUGGACAAGCAGGAUGUAAAUCUUGAUGUUAAUAGGUUCAAACCCACUUUGUUGAAAACCCUUGAGCUUUUGUACAAGUAGAAGGUAGUUUGUGUUUU